UUUCUGCGUGAAGAAUACUCUCACUGAGCAGUUGGAAGGAGACAGCCACCAGGUUCUCCGUGCACAAUGAAAGCAAUAGCAGAAGAGUCUGUGUAUGAGAACGUAGUCAUCUCAGAUGUUCCUCACCAGUCUUGCAAGAAGGGAAACCUUCCCGAGUCCUCUCCAAAGAGAUCCCAUGUCCUCUGUGCUCUCCUCCUGCUGCUGAGCCUCCUCCUCGCGGCUUCUCUUGGUGGAGUCACGGCCACGUAUUUCCAGGAGCAGCAGGAGAAGCACCGAGUGGCCGAAGCAGUUCAGGGAGUCCGAGACUUCUGGAAGGAAAACAGCACUGUGAACGUGUCUGUCCUGGAGCAGACGGGCCAGCAGCUGGUGGGUGAAAUUCAUCCAUUACGGGGCCUGUGGGAGGAGAUCGUCUCGCCCUGCGCUGUGCUCCAGGAGCAAUACCGCUACCUCCUGACCAGGGUUUCCCAAGGCUGGAGGCUUCACGGAGGGAACCUCUACUACUUCUCAAAGGAGAAAAGGUCCUGGGAGGAGGCCGAGCAGUUUUGCGUGUCCCAGAACUCGCACCUGAGCUCCGUCCUCUCCUGGGAAGAGCAGGAGUACCUUGCCGCGGAAGUCAGAAAUGCAGAUCACUGGAUCGGGCUGAGUGACCGUGAGGCAGAAGGCUCCUGGCGCUGGGUGGACGGCUCCGAGUACACAAAGGGGUUUUGGUAUAAGAAGCAGCCGGACAACUGGAACCAGGGAAUAGGCGGGACAGAGGACUGCGUUCAUCUCCAAAAUGGAGUGCAUCAUAAAACAUGGAACGAUGUCAACUGCACCCUGCAGCAUCAGUGGGUCUGUAAGGUGACCCUUGGGCAGGCUUGA